AUGAAGAAAGAAAAGUAAAAGAAAUUAAUCACUGAAGAAUUAACAUGGGAACAACAUGUAAUUUGUGGUAAUGUUUUCUAUAAUUAAAGGAAAUCAAUCAUAUGAAUCAGGUAGGACUGAUGAAGCAUUGCUAGAAUAUGAUAAGGCUCUAAUCCUUAAUCCUAACAAUUCAUUAAUUUAUCAUAAUAGAGGUUCAGCAAUUUUAAGAUAUCUUCAACUAGGAAUUUUGUAUUAUAAUAUGGAGAAAAAUUAAGAGGCAUUACUUGAUUACAAUAAGGCCAUAGCAUUAAAUCCAAUGGAUUCCAAAAUAUAUAAUAAUAGAGGUAAAUAUUUUGAUUAUGUGUUAGGGAACUUAUAUUCAGAUCUAGCAAGAUAAGAAGAAGCGUUAGAUGACUUUAAUCAAGCAAUUUAAUUAGACCCUAAUUUUUCAGAUGCCUAUAACAGCAGAGGUUUAUAUCAAUAUAAGUAUCUCUAGCUAUGCUUUAUGUUGAUUUAGGAAGAAAUCUAGAGGCUUUAAGUGAUUUUGACAAAGCUAUUGAAUUAAAAGCUUAAUCAAAUGUAUAUAAAAAUAGAGGUUUCCUAUCAUUAAUAAUUAAAGGAAUUCUAUUAUUUAAUUUAAAUCGAUUUGAUGAAGCUUUGAAAGAUUUUAAUGAAGCCAUCAGUCAUACUAAAAGAGAUUCUACUUUAUACCUAAACUCAGGUCUCAAUUUAUUUAGAUCUUAUUAGCUAUUAUCUUAUAAUCCUUAAAUAGAAAUGAAGAAGCUUUAGAGUAUUAUAACUUAUCAAUCAAAUUAAAUAGUAAUGAUUAGAUGGCUUAUAAAAGUAGAGGUAAACCGUUAUUGAUUAUUCAAAGCAAUACUUUACUCAAAUUUAGGUGAAAUCAAAUUAGCCAUUUCUGACCUUUCUUAAGCAAUAAUAUUAAAAUCAGAUGAUUUUAAUGCAUAUUACCAUAGAGGCAAUCAUAUUUAAUAAUAAUUUAGCAAACUAGUACUGGAAACAAAAUCAACUAAAUUUAGCUCUAUAAGAUUUUAACAAAUCUAUUAGGCUUAAUCCUAAAUACUAAAAUGCUUAUGAUUGCAGGGGUAAUUAUGAUCUCUCCUUAAUAGGAAACUUAUAUCUCGAAAUGGGCUAAACCAGCAAAGCUGAAUCAGACUUCAAUAAAUCUAUUGAAUUAAAUUCAAGAAGUUCUAAUUCUUACAAUAAUAGGGGUUAUCAAAUAUCUAAAUUUUAGGAAAUUACUUGGUAAAUUUAGGGAAUUAUCAUGAAGCAUUAAAAAAUUAUGAAGAAGCUAUCUAGCUUGAACCCUAUAAUUCUCUUUAUUUAACCAAUCUUGGUGAACUGCACCUUAAGAUGAAUGAUAUUCAAUAAGCUUCUCUCUGUUUAUUAUAAGCCGAUACUCAUCUAAAAAUCAAUAAAAAUUCAUCAUUUACUAGCAUUCACUAAUUUAUUAGCAAAAUCCUCCCUAUUUUACUUGAAAUCAUAACUUCAUUUGAGAAGGAAAUUUUUUUAAUAAAAACCUUACCUCUGGAUUCUCAAGUCAAAUUAUAAUAAAUUAAUGAAAUAAAAAGAAUUGAAACAAGUGUUGUAAGUAAAUUAAUAGCAAUUUUAUAACCAAUAUCUCUUUAAUCAAAUCAAAAUUAUCUUUUUAAUUAAAUUGACCAACUACAACUAAUAAUAUAAGAUAUUCGAAUAAACUUCUCAUUGAUUUAUUAAACUCUAUAAAUGGAAUAAAUAGUAGAUAUAAACGAAGUAAAUAUCACUACAAUUUAAACAGAAAUUGCUAGUUUAAAGAAUGAAUAAAAUAAUAAUAAAUAUUAUUAUUUCAAAUCCUUAUGUUACAACCUCAUUUCUUUUAUGUAAUUCUGUUUAGAUAUUUAAUAAGCUGAUAAAAUAAUAAAAGUAAGUUCAACUUAAAAGGAAGAGUAAGAAUUAUUUCCAAAUUAAUUUUGUACAUUUAAAUCUGAAGAUUAUAUAAUUUAACAUGAAAUUAUGGGAUCUCUUUUUGAAACAAUAUUUUGCAAAGCGCUUGGGUAUUAAGAUAAUUUUAAAUAAAUAAUAAUUGACAGAAACUUUGCUUAAUUAUACUUUAUUUAAAAUACUUUUUCUAAAAAAUUAGAGAUAGAGUUUCAUCUUCUUGCUAUUGAACUAGCUUAACAAUAAUAAGAAAUUCCUGAAAUAAAUUCAUUUACUGAUUGUGUUGAGACAGUAUCAAGAAUUUAAAUGAAAGAAAUUCCGAUUGCAUCAAAUAUCUUUUGGAAAAAAGGAAUAUUAGAUUCAAUUAAAAUCAUAUAAUUUAUCGAUAAUAACAUUAAUAGAAUUUUAUCAGAUGGGUUAUAGUAUUUAAGAAUGUUUAAGGAAGAAUUUUUUAGUGAGGAGGUUAUUGUGAUUCAAGAAUCUCUUCACCAGUCACUUAUGGCAGUACCUACUCUGAGGAAUGAAUAGACAACUUACUGUUCUUUUUGUUCAAUAUAAUGAU